CUUCAUGCCUUAUUGUAGCUUAAAAAUAAUUAGUAUCUUCUCUUAAUUACCCAAACUUUUCAAAAUAUGAUUUCCUCGGUGUCUUUUGAAGCCUGAAACUGAAAGCGCAUACGGUUUACGAUAUCUCGUAGUGUCGUUAACAUAGUUGAAGCCAGUAGAGUAGACUGUAAGUCCAUUAAUAAAGCUUGGAGUUGAAAUGGCGGCUACACCCAUGUUGCCACCAAACUUAGGACCUGGAGAUGGAAAUGCUCCAGCAGCUCCGCUUCCACCAGGGACAGACAUGACCGGAAUAUGCUUCAGGGAUCAAUUAUGGCUGAACACAUACCCACUUGACCACAAUCUUGUCUUUGAUUACUUUGCACUUUCUCCUUUCUAUGAUUACACAUGCAACAAUGAACAACUCAGGAUGCGCUCAAUUCAUCCUUUAGACAUCUCUCAUCUUUCUAAAAUGACAGGAAUCGAGUUCAUGGUGAGUGAAGUUAUGGAGCCCCACCUAUUUGUGAUGCGUAAGCAGAAGAGAGAUGGUCCUGAAAAAGUCACUCCAAUGCUUACAUACUAUGUGCUUGAUGGUUCAAUAUACCAAGCACCACAACUAUGCAAUGUCUUUGCAGCCCGAGUUGGGAGAGCUUUGUAUCAUAUAUCAAAGGCUUUUACUACUGCAGCCUCAAAGUUGGAGAAGAUUGGGCAUGACUCAGAGAAUGAGAAUGUGUCCCUUGAACCGAAGGCUGCUAAGGAGACUAUUGACUUUAAGGAAGUCAAGCGAGUAGAUCACAUUCUAGCCUCAUUGCAACGCAAGCUUCCACCUGCCCCUCAACCGCCGCCAUUCCCGGAGGGUUACACACCGCCAUCAACUGCAGAAGGAGAACAAGGCCCCCCUGAGACUGACCAACCAGACCCCAAACUUCCUCUCGUGGACCCCAUCCUUGACCAAGGUCCCUCCAAGCGACAAAAAUACGCUUAAAUCAAAUUAUAUAUAUAUGACUCUUUUUUUUUUUUUUUUUUUUUUUUUUUUUUUUUUUUUUUUUUUUUAAAUUUACUCCCAACAGAUUAUUUAUUUAUUUAUUUAUGGGUGUUUGAGUAUUUUU